AUGUCUUCAAACAAUAAAGAUUCCAAAGAUAACCUUGUAUCAUCGCAUAAACAAUAUCAGGUCAAAGAAAACCCGGAAACAGUUACAAGUCAUCCAUUUACGACUGUAAAGAAAAAGAUUCAAGAGAUUGCAAAUGUAACAGCACAAAAAUUGAAAUUUGGACCGGACUCAAGAGGAAGAAAUCCAGAGGCCGCUCAUCAAGACGGCAAGACUAAUCCUGA